GGCGACACCCUGGUGCGUGAGGCGGAUAGCAUGUCCAUCCCUCAUUUUAGCUCGACCCGCAGAAGCUCACCGGUGAGACGGCCCUAUUCCGCAUAAAACGCCGCCAGCAUUUAUUCAGUUACCACCCGUAUAAAGUAUGGAAUCAAUCGGAACCGUUUGGAUCAUCUUAGCCGGCGUAUACCGAUCCCCCCUCCUACAAAGUAUAGAACGAAUUCAUCGCUAUUGGGUUUGAUCAAUUUUCAGCAUUCGCGCGACAACUAGCUUUGAAGCUCGGGAGUUUCUGCAGUUACCUAACCCCAAUCCAACCCUCGCGAAUUCUGAGACGUGGUCGCUACUAAUUUAACCGACAAUGGGUUGUGGAUGCACGUAUUACUGGCAGACCACCAAGGCGUCUGGUUGCAAGCAGACACCUCCACAUACCAAGCAAACCAAACUUCAGCAAGACCGGUGCCCUAAUGCUCCCGCCGGUGGCCAGUGCGCCAAUGCUACAGAGAUUGCGGGUUCUUCGAUCAUCAUAACUGAGAGCGGAAGAGUUUGCGAUCAAUGCCCUAGCUCUACUUCCUAAGGGAAGCAAGAUUUAGGGACAUUUGAAUUGGUGACUCCGUUUAGUAGGAGGACCGACAUCUGGCUACGGAAUCGCUCGAGCUACACCAGUUUUCAGAGAUGAUAGCACUCGAUACGAGAGGCAAGGUGGAGAUGACAACACGCUCGUUUUUAGGGGUUAAAUACAAAUGAAUUCCUUUAUUCCCA